UUAAAGCCGGCGCGUGGCCGUGACGUCCUGGGCCAUACCACUGCGCGACGGGGGCUGGGGGGGAGGGGGUUGCAGGGCCAUCGCGAUGCGCGCGGGGAUGCAGUCCCGACCUCCCCCAACCCCCCUCCCCGGAAUGAGUGAGUUGGUAUGCGCCACGAGAGACACGCUGGGUCGUACAGUGCGCGAGGUGGCCUUGAGUUCGCGUUGUGUUCGUGCAGCCAUUGUUGCUGCUGCUGCUGUUGCUGCUGCUGUUGUUGUGAGAGGGGAGAAGCCUGGACCACCCUGCGAGGAGCCGUGACACGACGGGACGAGGCGGCGCGGCGCAACGAUGCUACCCGCGCGGGUGCGGGUGUGCGUGUUGCGUGCCGCCUGUCUCCGCCUCUACUCUGGCACUCGCGCAACCACCGCCACCGCCACGCGCGUCAACAGGCACCUGCUGACAGAUCGGGCCGGCCGCGUUGUGAAGGAGCGUUCUCUGAUGAGGAAGCUCGCGCUGGGCUCGCUGGUGGGGCUGCCCUUGCUUGGAGGCACGUGCUACGCCCUGUUAGACGCACAGACCAAACGCAAGACAAGAAUACUCGUCCAAGGAAUCCAGCGCUUCUGCAGGUCUGUGCAUGUGGGAAUGCGCAUAUCCGGCGAUUACUGGUGGACCAUGAACAUUGGUCUCAAAGGACUAGAGGAGAGCAGUACAGAAUACAAGCAGGUGUUGUCGGAUUGCCACCAGCGGGCAGCCGACAGCAUCGUGAACGCGGCCAUACUCAACGGAGGUGUUUACAUUAAGCUGGGCCAGGGCCUGUGUGCCUUCAACCACCUGCUACCUCGCGAGUUCACCAAGACGCUGCGUGUGUUGGAGGACCAAGCGCUCGACCGCAGAUACCAGGAGGUGGACGCGCUGUUCCAGGAGGAUUUUGGCACAACGCCCUUGCAGCUGUUCUCCGAGUUCGACUACGAGCCGGUGGCAGCUGCCAGCCUGGCUCAGGUGCACAAAGCACGGCUGCAUGACGGAACGCCUGUCGCCAUCAAGGUGCAGUACAUCGACCUGCGCGACCGCUUUGAUGGAGACGUGCGCACGCUGGAGAUACUUCUCGACCUCGUGGCGCUCAUGCACCCCACCUUUGGCUUUCGCUGGGUACUCAAGGACCUCAAGAGCACGCUCGCGCAGGAGCUGGACUUUGAGAACGAGGGACGCAACUCGGAGCGCUGUGCCCGCGAGCUGGCGCACCUGGAGUACGUCACAGUGCCCAAGGUCUACUGGGCCUUCACCAGCAAGCGUGUCCUGACAGCCGACUUCUGCUUGGGCUGCAAAGUAAAUGACGUGGAUUCCAUCCUGCAGCAAGGCCUCAGCUUACAAGAUGUGGCAGGAAAGCUGAUCGCAGUGUUCGCAGAACAGAUCUUUUCCACUGGCUUCAUCCAUGCCGACCCACACCCGGGCAACGUGCUGGUGAGAAAAGAGAAGAACGGCAAGGCAGGCCUGGUUCUUCUUGAUCACGGCCUCUACGAGCAUCUCAGUGAGCGGGACCGGCUGGCGCUGUGCCAGCUGUGGCGAGCGAUCGUGCUGCGGAGGGACGCCGACAUGAGGCGCUUCUCGGCAGACCUCGGCGUGGGAGACCACUUCCUGUUCUGUGAGAUCCUGAUGCAGCGACCGAUCGACAUGAGCUCGCGGAGUUUCCGGCUGGCGCAUGCCCUGACGGCACCGGAGCAGCGCUACAUGCAGGAGAUGGCGAGGGAGCGCUUCGACCGCAUCAUGGAGGUGCUGAAGCAGUUGCCGCGGCCGAUGCUGCUCGUGUUCCGAAACAUAAACACGAUCCGCUCCAUCAACAUCACGCUCGGCUCUCCCGUCGACCGCUACACCCUCAUGGCUCGCAGUGCGGUGCGCGGAGAGGUGGCGCUACAGAACCGGCACAAGGGGGGCCACAGAAGGGUGCCGAUGGUGGCCUGCGCCCUGAGCCUCUGGGAGAAGAUCAAGUUUGAAUUCGCCCUCAGGUCACAGACGUGGCGGAUGAAGGCCGCCGCACGGAUGCUCCGGCUGUUCGCCUGGCUGGGCCUCAUGAGCUACGAGGGAGAAAUCGUGGAGUACCUCGAAGCCUGAUGCUGCAGCUGCGGAGAAAAGAACAUCUUGGGCAGAGGCCAGGGCCUGUUCCAAGAGAUGAUGUGCUAUAAAGGUGUGCCAUGAAGAAGGACCCUUACCUGAAACGUUGCUGAAUUUAUAUAUCUUUAUUUUCACUUUGAGGCCAUACGAUGUUGUUGACGAAUGUGUUUAGUUUUUCACUUGUGGUUGUACACCGCAGCCAACGCAGCCACUAUCACAGCUGCAGCAGAUGAUUCGUUUAAUUCUCCCGGACGUGAAGGCCAAGGAGAAGCAACUUGGGUCACUCACGAGAACAAAGAAGCCUACUGUUUUGUGAGGAGCACGGGCAACUUGGGCAACUUUUGUGCGUGCGUGCGUACUUGUGUGUGCGUGGGUGCGUGCGUGUGCGUGCGUGUGUGGGUGCGUGCGUGGCUGGGUCAUGUAGCCCGCAUGCCCAGCCUCCGCAUGCCUAAACAGCUUUUGUUCGGCCGGAUCGAGGGGGCUAAACGGGCGCGGCAGGGGCUAGAGAAGAGAUGGAGUGAUGUGGUACAGGAGGACGUGGAGCUGAGUGGACUUGCCGAUGACUGGUACCAGCGGUGUCAAGAUCGGCCUCAGUGGAGGAGGCUCGUGAAGGACGCUACUGGGCAGUUGGAGGCAGUCGCCCUCCAACAACAACGGAGGGCGGAGGAGCGAUGCUCACAACAACGAACGGAGCGCCGGGUGGCUAAAGCACAGCAAGUUGGUACAGUAGGGGGCACAGGUGGUGCAUCAGCCAGUCAUCUCAGUCAUCUCAGUCAGUCGACCCGUGGCACCUGGGUCUGCCCCGUGACCUCCUGCCAGCGGGCGUUCGACACUUCACGUGGCCUCAAGGUGCACAUGGCCUGGCACAAGCGUCGUGGUGACGUCACCGCCACUUAGUGGCGAAUGACGGUUGUUGUUGUGUGGGUGCGUGUGGGUGCGUGCGUGUGCGUGCGUGUGUGGGUGCGUGCGUGCGUGUGUGCGUGCGUGCGUGCGUGCGAGCGAUGUGGCCACUGCGGGAGGACUGCUUCGUGCUCACAGCGUCUCUCCGUGGCCGCUCUGCGAGUGGCGCGCAACUCGCUCCCCGGUGCGGCGAGCCGAGCACGACUCGUCGCAGCGACGUGCCGUCUGCGGACGCUCGCGAGCGCGCCGCUGCGCCAUCGCAACCUUUCCGCGCGGCGUCGGCGAGACAAAUAAAACGUCGCUGAAACUAAAAUGCAGUCGUCGGGGAAAACUCGACGAGCGUAGCCGGAAAAUAAACCUUGACGGCGGCGGCCGGCAGUGCGAGGAGUGAGGAUUGUUUUUAACGCACGGGGAAAAAAAUCGAGCAAGUGUCCGCACCGGCCUUUGAACAUGGCCAAGUGUCGCGAGGCACGGAAGUAAGAGAGGCCUCCCCUCCCUCGGAGUUGACGUACGUACCAUAGGUUGAACUUCUUUCGCACUGCACGUAGCCAACCAUGCUUAUCGGCUACGUGAGGAGGUCGGCACUGGAACGGAGAGGUGGAGGAGGGGUGGUGGACGGGGUCCGUGAGCAGCACUACGUUGAUGACUAACUUGCCAACAUGAGCACGCCGAUCUUACAGUUGGGCUCCUUCCACGGAGCUCGGGGUACAAGUCGCGCGGCGCCGGGUUCUCGUCACAAGUCUGGCGGGGAUUCUGAACCAAUCCCAAAUUUUAGCGGAGCAGUCGGAAGCCCGGAAAAAUAGCAGUUUCGUAAUCGUCCGACGGGGAUGUGUUAUGACGCGUAAACUGGGGAUCUCGGGCGGCAAGAGGGGCGGCGUCUCGCGGCCGUGCGGAAGACACGCGGCUGGCGCCGGACACGCGGAGCGUGGGAGAAUGUCCGGUGGUGUACAGAACGCUCCAUGCUGUGCUGCACGGCGGGAGUGUCCGGUGGUUGUCGAGUGACGGCGUGACGGUGACGGUAGCGAGAUUUUGAGGACCUUGCCUGGUAUGCAGGAACUCGGGGAUGUUCUCUCCCUGUGGUUGCGCGGAUUUUUCUCGGGGUCCUCCGGUUUCUCGCCUCCACGUGUAGAAUCAACGUGCGCUUUAGAGUAUUUGGCUGCUAUAAAUGUCCACGUGCUGAUGAUAGGCCAUCAUCGGCACGUCGCCUAAAAAGGAGAUCUAUCGCACAGUGGGCCUUCUUGCCUGGGUGCCGUGGCGGUAGCGUCGCGGCCGAGUGGACGGGCCUCGUGCUGCCCCCAGUACGCAUCGCCACGCGCCGAGUGAACUCCGCUGAUAUUCAAAACGAUUCCUUUGCUCGUCACCGCCGCUUUCGUGUCUAGUUGCAGUUUACGAGAUUCCGCUUGUGACCAAGGGUGAACGAUUGUCGGUUGUAUUGCACAAACGUAACGGUGUUUUCCUCUUAUGCUUCGAGAGUAUUUUUUUUGCUUCGCGAAAAUCGUAAAACAAAUCCAAUGCGAAAUAAAAUUGGUGGCUUAUGAGCACCGCACACU